AGCGCCGAGCGAAGUGCAAAAGACGCCGUCUAGUAGUAAAUACGCAAAGUAAACAAAACCACUCCAUCGGCUGAACGUGGAACCGGAAUCUCUUACUCAUUGUCAAGAAAAAAAGCAGCUGAACUUCGCACUCGAACUCGGGUUUGAUAGUGUUUUGUUUUAAAUAUGGACCAGAAGCGAGCCAUGCUGUAUCCGCAAGUGGAUUUCAACACCCCGAGUGCCCCCUCGCCGACGCCAACGAGGGAUUUGGCCAAUCCCAUGAGUCUGCACGUGGAGGCACCUCCAUCGUACGACAUGGCCAUCUCGGUUCCAGUGGUUCCGGUGGUUUCCGCACCAGCGAUUGCCCCAUCACUGCCGCCAGUGGUUGUUGUCGAGCAGCCAGCAUUGCAGCCACCUACUGUGGUUCCGAUCGAUGCCCUGAAUCUCGGUCCAAAUCGAAGUAGGGUCCUCUGCCCCGCCUGUGGUGCCCACAAAACCACGAGGAUGACUCACACAGCUAAUUCUAGGACGCAUAUGGUUGCAGGUCUUCUCUGCUUAGUGGGUUUUUGCUGUUGCGCUUGUUUCGUCCCCUAUUGCAUGAAUAGUUGUCGCACAGGAAACCACUAUUGUCGCAAAUGUAACACCUUCCUGGGAGCCUACAAUCCAAAAGGAAUGAACUGAAGAUAAGACUGCGAUAAGAUGUGAUCUAAAAAGACGGAUAAAAAGAGAUAUAACCGUUGGAAGUUAUAUGCAAACACAAAUCAGCUGAUGUUUGUCUGCGAAUAAAUUAAGGUUGUACAGAAGCCAAUGGCUAAGACGCAAAGCGUUAAAGAUAAACUAAAGGGAAGCAGAAAAUGGUCAUCAAUUAGUUAAGAGUAUUUGAGGUGGCUAAAAAUAAGUUAAAAGAUUUCCCACUUCCACUAAAGCGAUAAACACUAUAAUAAACAUAGGCAAAACCGCUUA